AUGGCAAAUAUUUUACCAAACUCUUUAACAAAUAAGGACCUAAACUUAAAAAAAAAUGCACUUAUUUUUAAUGAAUUUAACAAUAGCGAUAGCGAGUUUGAAUAUAAAAGUGCAGAUGAUGAUGAUAUUCUUGAUGAUGAAACCACAAGCUAUGCAUCCGGAAGUCUUGAUGGAAACAAUAAUAAUAUCGGCACAUUUGUUUUGGAUAAACUGAGCUUUGAAAAUGCAAGAAUUUUUGCUGAAAAUGAUGAGAUUUCUUAUGAUAAUUUUUGGAGAGAGGAUGAUGAUGAACUAGAAAAAGAUUCAGCAUUCUCAACAGAAUUAGAAUCAGUUUCGAAUUUAACACACGAUGAAAGUAUAAUAUUAGAAGAUUCAAACCCUACUGCUAAUAAUACU